AUGAACACAGAAGUGAGUAUAAAAGACCUAAUAAACACCUGUAAUAUCCUCCAAAUGAAUCAAUACGACAUUGUAUUGGAAAAAGAAACAAUAACUCUAAAAGAUAUACCAAGCUUACUUGUAAUAAACAGAAUAAAACUGACAGGAAUUAAUCCAGACAAUGACGAAAAACAAAUACAAAUAAAUGAACAACCAACUAAUCAUAUAAUCAUAACAUCUGAAAAGGGUAACACUCAAACAUGGCAAUCUCUAAACAUUCCAACUUCAACUGUGACAUUUCUAACAAUGGAAGAUGACGAUGAACAUGAAAUAAUGAUUACAGAAGGAAGUGGAAUACUCUAUGUAGUAAUGAGCUUCGACUUGAAAACACACACAAUCCAUUUCGGUGCAUACGAAAAUCAAUGGUUCAAUAUCACACCUCAAAAAAACAUAAUAAUAUUUCCUUAUAGAUUAAAUUAUAAUGAUUCAACUAAACGUCUAACAUUAACAUUAGAAAGUGGGGGAAGAGAACAAAACUCAAACCAACAAUUCAUUGAAAUAGACUUGGAAAUUAAUGGAGGAAUAUCAGCAGUUUCUCCCGGUCUUUUUGAUGAGAUUUGGAAUAAAUACUUCAACAAGGAAGUUUAA